GGUUGCACGGUUUUAAACAAACCCGAGGCCCCGCCAAAACACACCGGAAACGAAACCCACCGCCGCCGUCUCCGUCUCCGUCUCCGUCUGCCUCCGCCUCAAUCUAAUCCAGUCGGUUCACAUCCUUAAACGCCCAAAUCCCUGCCUAUAUAUCCCCGUACAGCUCACUCUUGCACAAACCACAGCUCAUGAGCUGAUUCCCAGUCCAAACUCCGACCACACACUUCGCAAGCAAGAAGCGGCUGCAAGCUUAGAGCCAUCAGCCAUGGACGACCUGAUUCCGGGGCUCCCGGAGGAUUUGGCCCGGGAAUGCCUGGUGCGGGUGGGAUUCGAGCAGCUCCCCGUGGCGCGCUGCGUCUCGCGCAAGUGGAAGGCGGAGGUGGAGUCGCCCUUCCACCACAGCCUCCGCCGUCCCCGCCGGCUCCUCGCCUUCGCCCAGGCCCGCCCCCCGCUCGCCGACUCCGGUCCGGCCCACAAGUAUGCCGCCUCCGCGGCCUCCUCCUACCGCCUCGUGCUCCACGACCCGGACGCCGGCACGUGGGCCACGCUCCCGCCGCCGCUCCCGGGCGGCCUCUCGCUCUUCUGCCAGCUCGCCGCGGUCGGCGAGGGCCCGGGGAGGAAACUGGUGGUGCUGGGCGGAUGGGACCCGGAGACGUGGGCGCCGACGGGCGCGGUGUACGUGUACGACUUCCUCGCGGGGUGCUGGCGGCGCGGCGCGGAGAUGCCAGGACCGCGGAGGUCGUUCUUCGCGUGCGCGGCGGACGCGGCGGGCGGGCGGGUGUUCGUUGCGGGGGGCCACGACGAGGAGAAGAACGCGCUGCGGUCGGCGGCCGCGUACGACGCCGAGGCCGACACGUGGGUGCCGCUCCCGGACAUGGCGCGGGAGCGGGACGAGGCCAGGGGUCUCUUCGUUGGCGGCAGGUUCCUCGUGCUCGGCGGGUACCCGACGGAGGCGCAGGGCCGGUUCGCAGGCUCCGGCGAGGCGUUCGACGCGGUUGCGUGGUCGUGGGGGGCCGUGCAGGAGAGCAUGCUCGAGGAAGGCGCGUGCCCGAGGACGUGCUGUGCCGCGCCUAGCGCGGCGAGGAACAGGAUGUAUAUGCUCCGAGACGGACAAGUCGUGGCGCGGGAAUUGGAUGGCGGCGCAUGGCGACAGGUGGCGCGCGUGCCGGAGGAUGGGCGCGCGGUGACAGCCGUCGCAGCCAUUGGGGAUGGCCGUGUGGUCGUGGUCGGCUCCGCGUGCCAUGGCGCCGAGCAGGCCGUGUAUGUGCUGAGCGAGAACGAGGCGAGGCUGUCCUGGGCGCGCGCCCCAGCGCCACCGGAGUUCGCCGGGCACAUUCAGGCCGCGUGCUCUGUAUAAUACUACGUGUAGGCAACGUACCGUAGAGAUGUAUAUACGUGUACGUGUAUGCGCGCAAUGCGCUAAUUGGCUUGUGUUCAAUACAUACGUUUUGCACGUAUUCUUGUUGUAACUAGAAGCGCAAAUUUCCGUCA